AGGAUUUAUGCGGAUCUGAUAGGCCCUUUACCCUGCCACUUGACUCAGACCGGGUUUGUUUCUUCAGCCAAACCCUGGAAAUCGUUCACGAAAUACUCAGUACACGACUGUUUACUUCCGAAGUGCAUAUCGCCAUAUCAACAGAUUGUGAUGAUUCGCCUCGUCGAUAUCGUAGGGAUGAUGCCGUGUGAGCCGCACUCUCGUUCGUCUGUUGAUCUAAUUUUUUGAAGCCCAUAAAUACUGCUUUCGCCUCCCACACUCUGAACAAUACGAGAGAAUAGCCACAAUAAUUAUAAUGUUGAUCGCGCCCGUUCACCGAUUUUCUUUUCCAGCGAAAAUCAUCCCUAAAUUGAUCCACAUAAGAGAAUAGCGACACCGAUUUUCUUUUCCAGCGAACAUCGUCCCUCAUUAUUGACCCACAUAUGCGAAGGACGACCCAUUUUGACGAACUGCCGGUAACAUACCUAGAGUCGCAUCGAUCAAGGUCGCAUCAAAGCGUUCGAACUGUACCCAUCUAUCGCACUCGUAAGAAAUCCGUUCGUUUGUGUACGUACUCCGUACAUAUCUUCAGUCUCUCUCAACAGAGACCAGAGGAGGUACUUAAGGGAUUAAUUCCCUACCUUCUGGGACGGAGCCUUCAACCCAGCUCUCUAUCAAUAUGGCAUACCAGAAUGGAAGCUCGGAAAACGACGACAGCUUGGAGAGAGGGCAACAUGUUACGAACAUAAAUAAUGAAAAAGCCGACAUUGUCAAACCGAAGACGCGCGACGAGACGUCUACAGCUUGUUUGCAAGUUUUGGGUGCUUUUUUUUUAAUGUUUAAUUCUUGGUACGUUUUCUAUACACAUUGCCUUCGACCUCAUGGAAGUCAUAUUAACACAUUUCGCUGGGCAGGGGAAUAGCAAAUACAUUUGGUGCAUUCCAAACCUACUACGAAAAUGGCAUUUUGCGAGAUGAAACCUCUUCUCGAAUAUCUUGGAUCGGAUCCGUCCAGGCAUUUCUACUUCUUUUGGUCGGUGGCAUCAUCACUGGUCCUAUUUACGACGCAGGGUACAUGCGCGGAUUGGUUAUAGUGGGGUCGUUCUGCUGUGUCCUUGGGAUGUUUAUGACAAGUCUCUGUACAGAGUAUUGGCAAUUCAUUCUAGCACAAGGGUUCUUGGUCGGGGCAGGGGCUGGUUCUCUUAUGCUUCCAAGCGUAGCAGUCAUGCCACAAUACUUUACUAAGCGAGUGGCUUUUGCGACUGGCAUAGCCGCGACAGGCAGUUCUGUUGGUAUGUACAUGGUGUCCCUGCACCAUUCUUCGCUGACUGACUAUUUUGCUCUUAGGUGGUGUGAUUUAUCCAAUUGUGUUUCGUCAACUUCAACCGCGUAUUGGCUUCCCUUGGGCGACAAGAGUACUAGCAUUCAUGAUGCUUGUAACUCUCAUGAUUCCAGUUUCAGUCAUGCGAGCCAAAGUCUUCCCAAGUCAAAGACGCCCAUUUACGGAUUUCAAAGUACUACGAAAUGUACCGUGGACUUUGUUUUCUGUCGGAUCUUUCUUUGGUUUUACGGGGAUGUAUAUCCCAUUCUACUACAUCACUACUUACGCCGUUGAAAAGGGGAUUGUGAACGGAGAUCUCAGCAUCUACAUUCUUUCAAUCGUCAAUGCGGCAAGUGUACUAGGUCGCCUGAUUCCGAACUUCUUCGCAGACACAAUUGGCCCGAUAAAUAUUAUCGCCCCAUUUGUUCUGUUCUGUUCGAUUAUAUCAUUUUCCUGGACUUCCAUCCAUAGUUUGGCUACUCUCAUCUUGUUCUGUUUAUUUUAUGGUUUCUUCAGUGGGACUUUUGUUUCAGUCACUGGGCCAGCGUUGGCCACUCUAUCACCAGAUUUGUCUCUCGUCGGUACUCAUAUGGGAAUGAGCUACGCAUUUGGAGCAUUUGGUACAUUAAUUGGGAACCCCGUUGCGGGGCUGUUGUUGAAAAAAGGGUGGAUAGGCCCAGCGGCAUUUUGUGGAGCUUGCAACGCAAUAGCUGCAGUGCUUAUAUUCGCAUCACGGAUUAAAAAAGUUGGAUGGAACGUUUGUACUAAAGCUUGAUAUAAUAUAAUACAAUAUAGAAGGGGGAAAUAAAUUUAAUGAGUCAUACGCAGCAUUCCUUCUGCCAAAAAUCAUAUUUUGCG